AUGCACGCCCAUGCCGACUACUCCUACCCUCCCCCCUCCCCCCUCUACUCCCACCCACUCCCCCACCACCCACACCACGGCCCACACCCACACGAGUCCACGUACGCCCAUCCACCCCCAUCCCCCCCGCCCACCUACGCGCCCCCUCCACCCGCGCCCACCUAUGCUCCUCCUCCCCCCGCGCCCACCUAUGCUCCUCCACCCGCGCCCACCUAUGCUCCUCCUCCCCCACCCUCCUACCACGCCCACCCGCCCACGUAUAAGCAGAAGGGACACCCAUACGCUUUCAGUUACGGCGUCAAGGAUUACCACACGGGGAACGACUUCGGCCACCACGCCUCCUCUGACGGCGAUACUGUGACGGGAGAGUACCGCGUCCUGCUCCCUGACGGCCGCACGCAAGUCGUCACAUACACGGCAGACCACUACACUGGCUACAGAGCUGAGGAGAUAAAAGUCUACGAGGAAAUAUCUUCACAUUUCACCGAUACUUUCUUGUUUCCGUGCUUCAUCUACAUUACCUUCAACAGACUCCAGUGGAAGUUCUUGAGUUCUCGAGGAUGUUUUCGUGAUUCAUAG